AUGUCGUGGCGCAAGCGUGCGCCGUGGCACAAUGGCGGCAAAGGUUGGAACAAGAGUGGCAAGUCGAAUCAGAAGCCGUACGAUGUCUGUGCGGACUGCGGGCAUUGGGAGUACCACACUUGGGUGAUGCGCCUCGUGGUCAUGAUGCUGGCCGUGGCAAUGGUGUCCGUGACGCCGCAGCCGCAGGAGAGCGUGGAGAUGGAACCUCCCGUCGCGGUGGAGCCUGAAUGGUCUACGUCCAGGUUGCAGGAUGCAGCCAGUGCUGAGCGUACCCGCCUCACUCGUGUCGUCGAGGAUGCGGCCAAGGCGGUGCGCUUGGCCUCUCAAGAAGUACAUCAUCGCAAAACCAAGGUGCAGAAGCUCGAGCAGCUGGCGGAAGCCAAGGCCAACCUGGCUACCGACACUGCGCCCCAUCAGAAGGCGCAGAAUGAGAAGACUGCCGCCGAUUUGGCCCUCCAGCAGUUCAAGGAGGAUGCCUGGAUCGAGCGGAAGCGACUUGACCAGCGCAAAGCUCGUGGAGCUGCUGCGGCCGCUGCUCGUGCUGGGGAUGCGCCUGGAGCCCCUGCUGGCGCUGGCGAGCGCGCUGAGGGAGCUGCUCGCGGUGCCGCCGGCCGAGGCGCACGCGACAAUGAUGUCCGCAUGGCUCCGGAGACGAUGCCGAACCUGGGCGAGAUGGGUGAGGAGCAGCUCCGCGCCUACGCUGCAGAACAAAACCUUCCCCUGGGGCUCCUCUUGCAGUUCCAGGGCAUGGCGAAGCGCCUCGCCCAGGGGGCUACGGUUGAUCUUGAUGCUGGCAGUGACGCUGGCGAUCUCCCUGGCCCCGAGGCUGAGGAGCUCAAAACACUGCGCAAGCGGGCCUGUGCCGAGGUCCUUGGCCCUGACGACAUGUUCAGGAUGGAGCACCUCAUGGUCCAGCGGUCCAAGGCUCGCACGUCGAAGCGCCUCAAGACCGCUGCUGACGCUGCCUCGGCUGACUUCGCCGACCUGGUCCGCGCCACCGUGGCGCAGAUGCCGGCGCAGCCUGGGCUUUAG